UCAGCGCUUAUUGUAAAGAGUAUUCGGUGUGAAGUCUUAUUCAAGAAAAUCUGCUUUCAAAAUGAAGUUGUUCUUAAUAACAUUAUUCGGUUUACUUGGCAAUUUCGCCAUCGAUGCUGUACCACAAGCAACUGUACAACCGCCAACCAAAAGUCAAAGUAUGGAUUGGAAUCUAUACCUUAAUAAAUUGCAGAACAAGGCCCAACUCGUUCAGGACAUGAAGAACGAUCUGAAUAGUGCCAGCAUAGAUAAAAAUCUGAACGAUGAAACGGAAAAGAUCAACGAUUAUAGUGCAACGUAUUCGACUGAAGUUCAACAAUUAGUAUCUAAUAUAAGACCUUCACUUCUUACUGCUCAUGAUAGCAUCAUUGAUGCUAUUUCUAUUAUGCAUGGAUGGUGCAGUGGUGCAGAUAUCUUACUGGCCGCAUUUCUAGACACGUUCCCUUCAAACGACAUUGCAACGCGUGAUGAAACUUUGAAAGAUUUAUUCGAUUCAGACUCUUCAACAGAAAUAAUGAACAAGUUGAAAGAGGCAUCCGACAUGUUGGGCAGUGCUUCGAGUUUAGUAUCAAAUAUUUCAAGCGAAUUCGAUUCUGAUUCCACGGAACGCAGUCCUUUGUUCCAAGAGUUGUUGCGUCACGAAAUACUCAGCGAUGAGAAUAAACAGUACCCUGCACGUCUUGUCGAAAAAAUCCUUGAACAAAUGCAAGAAUAUAUUGACCAUCCAGAUCUCUUGGAACUGGUGCUAUCAAAAACCAAUCUUGCGGGUGCUGUUGCGAUCUCAGUUCUUCGUUCUCAUGCCAACCAAGAAGCACCACCCACUACCCACCAAACCCCCAAAGAAACAACUGUCGAUCCACAAACUUAUGUUCGAUUUAGAGAUCGUGUCUUGCAUCGAUUUAAAUCGACGAAAAAUUUUUUCAUCGCUUAUAAAAGCAGUAUAGAUAGAGCCAUCAGUAGCAUAGAUGAGAUUAAUGCAAAGGUUUUGAGAAACAAUCAGCCUGCAGCUGCAAUGGGAAACGUACAACCACAAUACACACCAAAUAACCAGCGCAUUACCGAUGCAAGACUAAAGAAUGCUGCCAAAGCAUUGAAAAACAAUUGUCAAAAAUUUUCGAAUGCACAAAUUUAAAAAGUUGUUGACUAUAACCAGUUUCGAAAUGUCCGAGUGUAAAAUGUUCAGAUGUGGAACCACGUUUUAACAAUUUAAACAAUUUAAUUUUGCUCAAUAUUUCAGAUGUUUCAACUAAAUAUUAUAGUUUCAUGAAUAAAAUUCUAAUAUGAACGACUA